AGUUCUUCUGUUGACGUGCUUGAGUCUUAUACGAGUGUGAAUUUGAUAUUAAAAUGAUGAAGAUAAUAAUUGCUUUAACUCUUCUUCUGGCUGUGAGCAAUGUAUCGGCUUUCUGGGGCCCGUGUGCGGGAGUUUUAGCUCCUACAUCUAUUACCUCUCCAUUGUGUGAUGCUGUUAGAUGUACAGUAACCAGAGGGGGAUCUUUGGUUGCUCAAGCACAAAUCAAUUCGCCAAGAGCACACAGCCAGUUGCUUAUUAGAUUCACUGCAUUCCUUCUUGGCCUUCCAGUGGAACUUCCUAAUGCUCCUGGAUUUGAGAAUGCAUGUAAUCAACUCGGAGGUGGAAUGACCUGCCCAACACAAGCAAAUGUUCCAUUUAUUUGGGACAUGAAUUCACCAAUUCCUACACAAGUACCUGCUUUUGCUAACGCUCAAGUCAGGGCUGAGCUUUUGGAGAACAAUCAAUCAGUUGUGUGUGCAUUGGUAACGGCUACAAUUUUAUAAAAAUUAUUAAGAGGGGAGAAUUUUUUUUCCUAUCUUCCUGCAAAGUUCGAGGACGAUGUUUCCUAUUAAACACCAGCCUUUAUAAAAAUUAUAACGAAUAAUCUUUGAUAUAUAGAAUAAAUAUUGAGUGAAUUGAAUUCUUGUCUAUUUCUCAUAUUCUUUUAUUGCUAUCAGAAAUUUACAAUAAAUAUUCUUGUUAAUAUUUAAAUUGCAAUUAGUGAACAUGAAAUUCUUUAAUAUUUCUUUCGUUUUUUCAAGCUAUAAUCAAUCAAGUUGUUGUGAAAAAUUAAAUUAUUCUAAUUUUAGAUUUUUGUUAUCUUAUUUAAUCUUUUCAUGAGAGUUUUUGUUGUUUUUAAUGUCCAAUAAAUUUAUGGCUGUUAAAAUAUCAAAAGAAAUGAAGAUAAAUUGAGUUUAAGCAUUUUAUGAAACUAUCUUAUCUAAUCAAUAAAUAAAAAUAUUAAAGUUAUCAAGGGAUAUCC